AUGGAUAUGGAACCAGAGCAGUCACUCAAAAGAAGUAGAGAUGACUACGAACAAGACCAUCAACAAGGACCAGGUGGGGGAUACAACAACAACAAUAAUGACUUUGAUGAUGACCGGAGUAAGAAACAACAUGUCGAUCCUCAACAAGAAUUGAUCAAUGAUUUAUGUAAGGAUAUCCGAAGAAUUGGAGAGAAUGCCAAUAUCUCUGUCCAGGUAGAUGACUUGUCAUAUAUUUCCAACCCCAUUGUUGCAGAGUUUGAAAAAAUUGAUAAGUUAAGAACCUCCAUAUUGUCUACUGUACUUGCUAUAGUAUUGGAACAACCCCAGAAGAUAAGUCCGUUAAGUAACUUGAUUCUUAUUUGUAACUCAAAAAACUUUGUGGUUGCUAAAUAUACCAUUGAAUAUUUCCAUUCUCAAGCCCAAUGGAUGUUGGAUAACUUGAAGAGUUGGGAUACCGUUGGUUCUAAGGACUCUGCUGGAGUAUGGAAUAACUUAAAGUCUAUGCUUAAGUUUUUGGCUACUUUAGCUCCUAUUAUUGAAGGAGAUGGGGUAGUGGCGAUAUUCAAGCAAUUUUUGAUGUUAGCAAUUGAGUUAAAUCUGAAACUGAAAGACACCACUGAGAAACGGAAUGGACUUGCGCAGGAAAUCUUUUAUAAUACGGUUAUCUCCAUUCCUUAUUUGUUGAGUAAUGAGCUGUCACAAGAAAUGAUUGAUCAAGUCAAUGGGUUAGUGGAUAUGGCACAAGAAUUCAAAGAAGAACAGAAUUCUACUACUGUACUACUUCAACCGUUUGAUUCCAGAUUAGGCAAUUUCGAAUUACCUUAUGAACCUAAAAAGAUGAUUGAUUUGGUAUUACCUUCUUUAUUGAAGUUGAGAGGUGAAGACAAACAAUGGAACGAUCUUAUUGGUGGGAAAUUGUUUUUAAACUAUGAUGAAUUGUUGGGGCCAAUCAUUGAAGCAAACUUACAAAAUAAUCCAAUUUCCAGUGAAAUAAUUAAACAUAAUUUACCCCAAUUGAAUUUACCCACAGUCGAUACAUUACUUGAAGAAGGCUACAAACCUCAUGGUCUGAUCGAUGAACUCUGGUUCAAUAAUACCAGAUUACUUUUCCAAGUUUACAAUACUACUGAAUUUGAAACUGUACCUGACAUUACUUCAUAUGUGGGCCUUUUUUUGCGUGAUGUUGCUUAUGAUAUUUUAACCAAUCUUUCCUUCAAUAAGAAUGAAGCUUCCAUUCAAUUGUCAAUCUUAGAUUUAUUCUUCAAUAGGGAAUUAUUCGCACCUCCAGGUUCAUCUAUUGAUCAAUUGAGUUUGAUUCACAAGGAUAAUUUAGAAGGUCUCAACAGUCCACCUUUAUCAACUUGGAAAGUUGAAGAUAUGGCAGUAGAAAGUAUUUUGACGAUGAUUUUCCAAUUACCAAAAUCUCUCCAUGUGGAAAUUUAUUAUUAUACUGUCUUGAUAGCAUGCUGCCGAUCGUCACCGGAAUUAAUUGCACCAGUUUUCGGAAGAGCCAUUAGAUUUUUAUUUAAUAAUUUGGAAACUUUGGAUUAUGAAUUGAAACUUCGCUAUUUGGAUUGGAUGAGUGUUCAAAUAAGUAAUUUUGAAUUUAGUUGGAAAUGGGAUGAAUGGGUUCAAUAUUCUCAAAAGUUUAGAAACUUGAAGUAUCAACCAAAGAAGAACUUUAUAAAGAAUUUAAUUGCCAAAGAAAUCAGAUUAUCCAAUAAGAAUAGAAUUAAAGGAAGUUUUGUUCUUAUGAGACCUGAAGAGAAUGAAGCAGAAUAUUUAACUGAAUUUUAUCAAUAUUUGGAUAUUUCACUCUAUGAAAAUGGUGGGAAGUUCAGAUUUGAUUAUGACUUUGACCUUUAUGGUGGAGAAGAUUCUCACAUAAAGGAAUUAUUAUUAGGGUUGUCCACCAAUGGUAAUGGUGCAACUUUGGAUAAUAAAAAUGCUUCUCCUCAAGAAGAAUUGGUAUUCAUAUUCACUAAUUCCGAUCUACCAUUCUCCAACGUGGCUAAAAGAGUGUAUGACUUCAUUGUGUACCAUUGGAAACCUAAUAAUGAAUUUAGUACGUUGUAUAAGAACGUUUUGAACGGUAUUAAUCAAGAGAUAAGCGACUCACAACCAAAUGAUGAAGAAAUGGCAGAACCAGAACCAGAACCAGAACCAGAACCAGAACCAGAACCAGAAAAGCAGGAAACGGUUGAAACCGAAACCAUUUCCACCUCUUCAACUUCACAACCAGUGACCGAUGAAGCUGCUGUUUCUGUGUCAGAAACAACUGUUGAUAGUGGUGAACCUGAUGUACAGAAGGAGGAAGAAAACUUGGAAGAAAACUUAAAUGAACAAUUACCCCCCAAACGUCGGUAUAACCUCUCUCAAGUGGAUCCUAUAAAGUUUCUUAUCAAUUUAUUUUUUCAAAGUUAUGCCUUUAUUGGUUCUAGGUCUGUCUAUUCUGUUAUCUCCAUUUUGUCACGUGACGUUAACAAGUUACGGUACCUUACAGGGAUGCCCAUAGAAUAUAAGUCGGAGAACGAAUCUAGAUUUGAGGAGAUUGAACUCAAUGAAGAAGAAAAAGACAAUAGACAACGUUGGGUUAUUGAUCUGAUAUUCCGGAUUUGGAUCCACCAACCACAGGUUGCAUUUUUAAUCUUGGAAUAUUUAAUUGAGUUUAAAAUCAUUCAAGCUAAGCAUUUGGUUGCUAAGGCCCUUUCGUUAGAUCAUAAUUUGAUCAUUGAAAAUGUCUCCUGUAUGGAAUCUAUCAAUAGAGUAUUGGAUAGGGCAAUUAUGGAAGACAAAGAUACAGAAAUCUUGGUUCAAUUAUGUCAAACCAUUGUUAAGAACAUAAAUGAUAUUGGAACUCGCUUAGGGGUCACAGAAACAGAUGUUGUGAAGAUUACUAAAGAUUUCCCGGAGGAAGAGGCUGACGAUAUUGAACUAAUGACAUCAAUUGAUCUUCAAUGGCUUUUCUAUGAAUAUAAGGGAAUUUUAAAGACUUACUAUAGAAAGUUUUCAAAUGCUGUUAGAACUGAAGAAUUCCAAACCAUAUUCAAUGGUGUUGAUAAUGUUCCUGUUAAGGAGGACGUAUUGAAUUGGCUAAAGGAAUCGUGA